CAUAGCUUGGCCAGGUCCUCGCUUUUCACACUCCCUACAAAAGGCGCUGCGUGUUCAGUUCAUACCUACUUUAUCAGGCGCGGCAUUCUUUCCCGAUUGUAUAUAUACAAAAUUUCCAUCAUGCGACCUUUUGUAUCUUAUCUUGCUCUUGUCGCAGGUGCUUAUGCUCAGUCUUCAGGCUACACCGAUGCCAACACUGGCAUCACAUUCCAAGGAUAUGAAGAUACUACUGGCUUCAAGUAUGGCAUGGCGGUUCCAGUUACCCCAGCCACGGAUUUCAUUGGACAGAUGGUCGUUCCCUCAAAUGGCUCGGGGUACGGCGGUAUUUCGUUGACCGGAGAAAUGGUUGGCAGCUUGCUUAUUGUGGCAUGGCCUAACUCUGGUUCUGUUGUGGCCUCCCUUCGUGAGACCAGCGGAUAUACUUCUCCAGAAGCCUACACCAAUGCCAGCAUUUCUUUAAACCCAAUUGCAAAUGGUACUUUCGUGAACUCGACACACAUGUCUUAUACAUUCGUUUGCGCGGGUUGUAUUACUGGCGACUCUCUCUCGUUUUCAGCAAGCGCAACCGACCUUGUUGUGGGUUGGGCAAUGUCCGCAAAAUCUGUCACUAAUCCUUCAUCAUCUUCUGGAGCUACUUUUGUUUAUCAUGAAGCUGGAUAUGGCGAUUUUGGCCUCACCCUCACUGACGCUGAAUCAUCCUCUUAUGAUACUUGGGCAAGCAUGGCGACUCUUUCCAACACGACGUCCUCCAACACAACGACCUGUUCAUCUACCUCAACCAACACGACAGCCACUGUAUCGAACUCUACCUAUGAUUAUAUCAUUGCUGGCGCAGGACCUGCAGGCAUUAUUGUUGCUGAGCGGCUGGCUGAAACUGGCAAGUCUGUAUUGUUGCUCGAGAGAGGUGCGGCUUCUACUUAUGCAACCGGUGGUCGAAGUGUGGUGGACUGGAAUAGCACCGUCACUCAAUACGACGUACCUGCCAUGGACUAUUACCUCACAACAGCUUCAGAUACUAGCGAAUACUGUACCGAUGUUGCUAAUAUGGCAGGGUGCAUCCUCGGCGGUGGAACCAUGGUCAAUGCCAUGAUGUUUGUCAGACCUCAAGAACGUGACUUUGACGAUAAAUGGCCUACAGGAUGGAAAUGGUCUGAUGUCAGUUCUUCUGCUGAUCGUUUGUAUGAACGAAACCCUGGAACCACACUUUCUUCACUGGACGGAAAACGAUACGACCAGCAAGCUUUUACCACUCUUCAGACUUUUUUCAGCAAAGCAAUGGGGUUCUCUCAAGUCGAUGCCAUUCAGUCACCUAAUGCCAAGACAGCUGUCUACAGUUAUCCACCUUGGGAUGCCCAAGAUGGACUUCGAGCUGGACCAGUCAAAACCUAUCUGCCAUUGGCCAACGCAGUCUCCAACUUCAAGCUUAAGCUCAACACCAAGGUUUUUCGUGCAAUCCGAAGCAACUCCACCGUCACUGGUGUCGAAGUCGAGUCGUCCACCGGUGCCCGUCAAAUUAUCAACCUCAAUACUGGCGGAUCUGUCAUCCUGGCUGGAGGCUCAAUGUCGACCCCGAGAAUCUUGUACAAUAGCGGUAUCGGUCCCACCGACCAGAUUACCACUGUCCAAAAUGGAUGCGUCAGCGUCACUCUCCCUGCAGAAGACGAAUGGAUCAACCUUCCCGUCGGCCAAAAUCUCCGGGAUCACCCAAUCUUCACCUUAACCUUCAAUGCUACCUCAAUCAACGAUACCUUGGUCUCCACAGACUUCACCUCGCCUAGCCAAACAAAUAUUGACCUAUUUGCACAAGGCAGCGGGCCCCUCGCUCAAUCUGGACAACGCUUCAACUUUUGGACAAGCCUCAACAGCACCAAUGGCACUCGCUUCUUCCAAGGAACGUGUUCGUCAACUGCUGACGGAUCCGUUCGUAUAAAGCUCUACCUUACUCAUGGACUUACCUCCACUGGCGUUCUGGGCAUAGAUUCCAAUGGUGCAACAGAAUUCACCACAGAUCCAUGGAUGAACACCGAUGCCGAUAAAGCAGCUGUGAUUUCAAUGAUCGACACCAUUUUCGCCGCUGCUCGCAACUCUUCAAUCAUCAUUCCGUCGGAUGCUAGCCAAACUGGAGCCUCAAUUGUUAAUGCAAAUUCGUAUACUCAAGGCGAUCAUUUCGUCGGAACUACGAUCAUCGGUGAAACAAAUGACGGAACUAGCGUGGUGGACACGAACACCAAGGUUUGGGGCAUGGACAAUUUGUUCGUGGUCGAUGCUUCUAUUCAUCCCGACCUGCCAACAGGAAAUACGCAAGCUAUUGUUAUGGUUGUUGCUGAGCAUGCUGCGGCUAAGAUCGUUGCGUUGGCAAGCGGUGGUUUGAACUCGACUGGUUCUGUGACCAGUGGCGUGGCUCCAUUCGCGAACAAUACUACGCCUGCGGUUGGUGGAGAUGACGACGAUGACGAUGCCUGUGAGUGAGAAUGAGAGGAGUCUAGGACUGGAAUGGAGGAAGAUGGUUUGUACGGAUUAAAUUCUUGUAUAUAUUU